GGCAAGAAGGGCUAGUGCUUGGCUGGGCCACGAGACACAGUUUCAUGCCAGGGUUCCGGGAGCUUCCUCUUCCAUAUCCACUUCCGUGUGGCCCUGGACCCCAGAGGCAAGUGCUGCUGUCUGUUGCCCAGGCCGCCCUCCACCCCUAGUUUGGAACCCAGCCCCCCUGGGGCAGGACCAAGCCUAACUACUGAUUGGGAUCCAAUGGGGGACUGGUAGGUCAAAGGUCUUGGGGGACAGAGGUGGCUGGGCCAGAUCCCUGGGGCUCCGGCCAUGAAGUCUCGGCAGAGAGGAAAGAAGAAGGGCAGCUCCAAGGAACAGGUGUUUGGGUGCGACUUACAGGAGCACCUGCAGCACUCAGGCCAGGAGGUGCCCCAGGUACUAAGGAGCUGUGCAGAGUUUGUUGAAGAGUAUGGAGUUGUGGAUGGGAUCUACCGCCUCUCAGGGGUCUCUUCUAACAUCCAGAAGCUUCGGCAGGAGUUUGAGGCAGAGCGGAAGCCAGACCUUCGGCGGGAUGUCUACCUCCAGGACAUUCACUGCGUCUCCUCCUUGUGCAAGGCCUAUUUCAGAGAACUGCCAGAUCCCCUCCUCACUUACCGGCUCUAUGACAAGUUUGCUGAGGCAGUGGCAGUACAAUUAGAACCGGAACGCCUGGUCAAGAUCCUAGAGGUGCUUCGCGAACUCCCAAUCCCAAACUACAGGACUCUGGAGUUCCUUAUGCGGCACCUGGUCCACAUGGCCUCAUUUAGUGCCCAAACCAACAUGCAUGCCCGAAAUUUGGCAAUCGUGUGGGCCCCUAAUCUGUUGAGGUCUAAGGACAUAGAGGCCUCAGGCUUCAAUGGGACAGCAGCAUUCAUGGAGGUGCGUGUGCAGUCCAUUGUUGUGGAGUUCAUCCUAACCCAUGUGGACCAGCUCUUUGGGGGUGCUUCCCUCUCUGCUGAUAUGGAGAGUGGAUGGCGAUCACUUCCAGGGACGCGGGCAUCAGGCAGCUCUGAGGAUCACGACAUACCCAGGUCUCUUCCCUACCACCUGCCUAGCAUUUUACAGGCUGGUGAUGGACCCCCACAGAUCCGGCCCUACCAUACUAUCAUUGAGAUUGCAGAGCACAAGAGGAAGGGGUCUUUGAAGGUCAGGAAGUGGAGAUCUAUCUUCAAUUUGGGUCGCUCUGGCCAUGAGACAAAACGUAAACUUCCACGGGGUACUGAGGACAGGGAGGAAAAAUCUAGUAAGGGGACACUGCGGCCAGCCAAAAGCAUGGAUUCACUGAGUGCUGCAGCUGGGGUCAGUGACGAGCCUGAGGGGCUGGUGGGACCCAGCAAUCCCAGGCCAAAUCCACUGUUGCCUGAGAGCGUGGAGAACAAUUCUAUGGAGGCAGCAGAGGGUGAACAGGAGCCUGAGGCAGAGGCACUGGGUAGUACAAACUCUGAGCCAGGCACUCCACGAGCUGGGCGGUCAGCUACUCGGGCUGUGGGUAGCAGUCGUGCAGAGCGCUGUGCUGGUGUCCACAUCUCAGAUCCCUACAACGUCAACCUUCCACUACACAUAACCUCUAUCCUCAGUGUGCCUCCAAACAUCAUCUCUAACGUCUCCUUGGCCAGGCUCACCCGUGGCCUUGAGUGCCCUGCCCUCCAGCCCCGGCCAAGCCCUGCCUCUGGUCCUGGACCUGGCCCUGGCCUUGGCCCUGGCCCCCCAGAUGAGAAGUUGGAGGCAAGCUCAGUCCCAGGUCCCCUGGCUAACUUGGACCCAGCAGACAUGACUCCUGCCCUGGAGGACUCCCUGUCCCAGGAGGUGCAGGAUUCCUUCUCCUUCCUAGAGGACUCAAGCAGCUCAGAGCCCGAGUGGGUGGGGGUGGAGGAUGGGGAGGUGGCCAAGGCAGGAGCAGCAGGAGCAGCUUUCUCCCUUGGGGAGGACGACCCUGGGAUGGGCUACCUGGAGGAGCUCCUGGGAGUUGGGCCUCAGGUGGAGGAGUUCUCGGUGGAGCCACCCCUGGAUGAUCUGUCUCUGGAUGAGGCACAGUAUGUCCUGGCUCCCAGCUGCUGUUCCCUGGAUUCUGCUGGCCCCACACCUGAAGUGGAAGAAGAAAAUGGGGAAGAAGUCUUCUUGAGUGCCUAUGAUGAUCUAAGUCCCCUUCUGGGGCCUAAACCCAUGAACUGGGAGGAUGUAGAGAGUCUGGAGGAAGGGGCAGCAAAGUGUGGGAGACAAUCUCCCACACAGGCUGAAGAAGGGCAGAUGGGCUGGGAAGCUGGGGAGGAGGAGGCUGAGCCUGGAAGCACAUCAGAAAACAGGGAAGAGGCAGAGGCAAUUCCAGAGAUAGAGAUGGUGGUUAGAAAGGCUGGUGAGGAGGGAAGGGAAGCUGAAGGAAGCCAAGAGGUAAAGGUGAGUUUUGAAGAAGGGAGCAGUGAAGAGACAGAGGCCAAGGAAGAAAAUUCCAAAUGUCAAGAGGUUGAAAAUAGAGAGGAGGCUAAGGAUAUGGAGGAAACAGGAAGAGAACAGGGUAAAGACAAGAAGGAAAGAAAGAUGGAGAGAAAAGAAGAGGCUGAGAAAGGAGAGGAAUCCCCAGCAAAAGCUGGAAUGCAUCUAGAGCAUACAGCCCAGGAACACCUGGUUGCUGGGGAGAGCUGGGAGGUUGUACAUAAACAAGAGGCUGAGGAAGGCAGAAAGGAUGAGGUCAAAAGUCAGAGGGGGAAUACUGACCACAAGGCAAAAGAAGACCAAGGACAUGAAGACAGAAGUCUAGAAGAGACAGAUGAAGGACAAGCAGAAGUCUGCAAGGAACAAAGGAGUACAGAUGAAGAAGCUGAAGGUCAGAGUGCUGGUGGUGACCAUUUUGAAGAGGGAACCCUCUCUGAAGCGCCAGGUGUAGAGUCCCUGGAGGUUGACAGUAUGGGAGAGGUCAAUGCAGAGUCUUCUGAGAUAGAACAGGACUCUCCACAGCCCCCUGAGCCAGAGGUGAUGGAACCUGAGGAACAGCUCAGCCCUGAGGGAUGUGAUUUGUGUCCCUGUCCAGUUGGUUCAACAGGUGGUGUGGGCAUGCGCCUGGCUUCCACCUUAGUUCAAGUUCGACAGGUCCGCUCUGUGCCGGUAGUACCUCCCAAACCACAGUUUGCCAAGAUGCCCAGUGCAAUGUGUAGCAAGAUCCAUGUGGCACCUGCAAGCCCAUGUCCAAGGCCUGGUAGGCUUGAUGGGACUCCUGGGGAAAGGGCUUGGGGGUCCCGUGCUUCCCGAUCCACUUGGAAGAAUGGAGGUAGUCUUUCCUUUGAUGCUGCUGUGGCCCUGGCCCGGGAACGCCAGAGGACUGAGGCUCAGGGAGUUCGGCGGACCCAGACCUGUAUUGGGGGUGGGGAUUAUAGCCUCAACCUUAGACCCUCUCCUUGUAGUAUGAUCCCUGCCCAUUCUUCUCGACCCCUUAGCUGCCUAGAACUCCCACCUGAAAGCACAAAAGAGUCUGAACCCCGGAGUCGACUUAGUCUUCCCCCUAGAGAACUUCAUCCCCCUGUCCCUCUUCUGUCCCCCCAGCGCCGGACAUAUGCAUUUGAAACACAGGGUGACCUUGGGAAAGAUGAAGGACUGUGAAUGGGACCAGCUUACUAGACAAGAGGAAUCAUAAAGUUAUCUUGAAUCUCUGGAGUCCCUGACUAAGGUGUCUUUUUUCAGCUUCAGCAGCUGAAAACCAAUUCCAGGGGGUUUGGUUCUCUAGCAACUUGUCUUAACCAUGAGAGGCACUGCCUUGGUGGGUUUACUUGAGUUUGUCUUAGACACAAAGCACUUAUCUCUUAAUAGAGUCCCAAGCAAUACAGAAAGGUCUUGUUCCCAUGAAGUUGUGGUCAUCAACCAAAAGAAGCAUGGAGUAGGUAGAAAACUCAAGAGGUUUCUCAAAGUGAAAUACAGAGGAGAAUUCCAGCCAAACUCCUGCCCUCUUCCGAGGCUGUGAACUUCUCUUAAGGGAAGCCUAAGGUAGAGGUGGGGACACAGGGCCAGAUGUAGAAUCUGCCCAUCCUGCUUUGUUCCUAGAUCCUUGAAUAUCCCCUGACUCUCUUAGCUCCAGAUCAGGAGAAACAUGUUCAAGAAGUUCUUUCAAGUCCUCAGUGUUUGCUGAAGGAAAUGGAUGACAUCUCUUCCCUUCAAUUAAUUUGCAGAAGUCCUGGACAGAUCUCUCUGGCAUUUCUUUUUACCAUUAGAAUGAUUUCUUCUCAUUUUAGGAAAAGAGAAUGGCAUCACUCUGGCCCUGCACUAGCUCUUCACACAGGCUGAGGCCAU